GUCACUCGUUUAGGCUACAGCUCGGCUAGUUCUCAAGGAUUAUCCGCUACACUAACCUCUACGCCCGUACAUAUACACAUCCUCACAUCAGACGGCAGAUAAUCCGCCACAAAUCAUCAUCGGCCAUCGCCCGAUCGAAACCGGAGAGAGCGUACCAGAGAUCGCACGGAGGCUCUCUUCGUCUUGCAAAACUGAAACGAAAAUACUCGCGACAGUGACCCCAUCCGACGACCCCCUCGAUCAAGAGUCUCUGAUUUCCCACCAAAACCCUAGUUUUCAAUCUUUGCAUUCUUCGAUUCAUCCCAAUUUUUGCGGCAUCAAGCCCUGGUCUUAUAACGAAUUCAUCACUUUAUCUCCCGGUGUUUGUGAAGCGGAGCUUUGUUCGUUGAUACUGAGAAGUGCUCGAUUCAUCUCAGAAGGGCCUUCUGGCUGUGUGCUUAUAUUGUAGGAUGGUUUGAGAAGGUUCAGCGCAAGCUGGUGAUAUUUAAAAAUGGGUAGUAGUGAUAUGGACAAGCCGGCAAAGGAGAAGGAGCCGAAGAUGCCUGCUAGUACACAGGAGCAGUCUACGGCCACAAGCACGGGGACUGUUAAUCCCGAUUGGUCUGGAUUUCAGGCAUAUCCUAUGCCCCCACAUGGGUUCCUGGCAUCCAGUCCUCAAGCUCACCCCUACAUGUGGGGAGUUCAGCAUAUUAUGCCUCCCUAUGGUACCCCACCGCAUCCAUAUGUUGCAAUGUAUCCCCCUGGUGGCAUAUAUGCUCAUCCGUCUAUUCCUCCGGGAUCCUAUCCUUUUAGUCCUUUUGCUAUGCCUUCUCCAAAUGGCAUUCCUGAGGCUUCUGGAAACACACCUGGAAGUGUGGAAGUCGAUGGUAAGCCAUCUGAAGUGAAGGAAAAAUUGCCCAUCAAAAGAUCGAAAGGAAGUUUGGGCAGUUUGAAUAUGCUCACUGGCAAAAAUAUCGAACUCGGCAAAACAGCUGGAGCAUCUGCUAAUGGAGCAUAUUCCAAAAGUGCUGAGAGUAGAAGUGAAGGGUCAAGUGAAGGAAGUGAUGCAAACUCUCAGAAUGACUCGCAACUGAAGUCAGGAUGCAGGCAAGAUUCUUUGGAAGCUGAAGCAUCUCAAAAUGGUAGUGCCGUGCAUGGCCCCCAAAAUGGAGGACAAAGUGCACCUCAUACGAUAGUGAAUCAAACAAUGGCUAUCGUGCCAAUUACUGCAGCUGGAGCGCCUGGUCCCACUACAAACUUAAACAUUGGAAUGGACUACUGGGGUGCGCCAAGUUCAUCAUCUAUCCCUUCACUGCGUGGGAAGGUUCCUUCUGCCCCAGUUGCUGGAGGAAUAGUUGCUGCUGGAUCGCGGGAUAGUGUUCAAUCACAGCUGUGGCUGCAGGAUGAAAGAGAGCUUAAAAGACAGAGGAGAAAGCAAUCAAACAGGGAAUCUGCUCGUCGAUCCAGGUUGCGUAAGCAGGCGGAGUGUGAUGAACUGGCCCAGCGUGCAGAAGUUUUAAAAGGAGAAAAUGGUACACUUAGAUCAGAUCUGAGCCGCAUCAGGAGUGAGUAUGAGCGGCUUCUCUCGGAGAAUGCCUCUCUUAAGGUGAAACUAUAUCUUGUUUUAAUGCAAUUUGCUCUGUUUCAUUUUGAUAUUGUUUGUGAUUUUCCUUUUUUUCCUAGGAUGGGUAAAAUUUGUGUCAAAGGAUUGGCAUUGGGCUUUUCUUUUUUUCGCAGUUAGGAAUGAGUGGUUUGGUUCCCCUAUCCAGAGGGAAAAAGAUGCUCAUUUCAAGUUACCUGGCUGCUGCCAGAUCACAAUUUAGAGAAUUCCUAAUUGAAAAUAAUUGGCAUAGUGGAUGCAGCCUUGCAGGCAACUUGUCAUUAUGCCAAAUUAUGCCAACCAAUCAAAUGAGUUUUUGAGUGGUAAAAAAAAAAAUUGAUCAUAUUUGGUAACUUAGGCGGUUGUGCCACUGUGAUCAACUGAUCCAGUUGAAUUUUUAUGUCUAGUAAAUGUGAGAAUGCAUGGCCAACAGGCUUUUGUGGUUUCAAUAAGCUAUUGCAGAAAAUAAUAUGUUGAAACAUCAAAUGGUGAAAAUAUGAAGUGAUUUAUACAUGCCAUGAAGUAGAUUUAUUUCAAAUACUGUUAGAUACAACAUGGUUUUAUUAUAAAAAUUGUAGAAAACAAUAUGGAAAUAUUUUUUCUUAAUGGGGCUAGGAUGGGACCCAUAGAAACCACGAAUGUUUUGGCUGUGAAAAUUUGUUUCCUAACAUGAUUUAUCAAAUUCCAUCGUUACAGGAGAGGCUUGGGGAAAUUCCCAGUCAUGAAGAUCCAAGGUCUGUUGGGAAUGACCAACAUUCAGGUAAGGACGCUCAACAGCCUGGGAAAACAGAGCUUGUGCAGGGCAGUCAAUGAAUCCAGCUGCCCUGUUUCCAACAGCUUUCCAGGAACAUAACCUAACCAAUUAGCGACAGGGAGUUUUUUAUUUUAAAUUGAAUGUAGUAAAAUAUGCCGAUGUUUGACCUUUUCUAGUUUUAGGAUCUGCUGCUUAUCUCAUAUCAUCUUGCCUUUUCAAUCUGGUCAAAUCUUUUAUAGUAGAAGACCCUGGAUGGUAUGUGGAGUGUGAUUGUUGUGUCGUACCCUUUUUUUUCUUUUUCUUAUCAAAUGGGUAGGAUCAACUCAUACCUACUCAAAACUCUUAUGUACUAAAUAUGGAUAUGAUUAAUGCACAACUCUUGAAUCAAUAAA